AUGGGCAAGACGAGAGGUGUUCAUGAGACGACUCCCGAAUUAAGGAAUCGAAUGGUGGGAAUGUACGAAGCUGGUUUAGGCCUACGAGAAAUCGCCGCCGCGGUCAAUUGCUCGCAACGUACAGUGAAGAGAUGGCUGAAUAGAUUUGACAAGGAAGGCACAGUGGAAACACGAGAGCGUUGUGGACGCAAGAGAGCCACUACUGCGGAGCAGGACGAAGCAAUUGUUCGUCUAGCUACUCAGACGCCCAUAACAGCGGCGAAAGCAGUGCUUCCUGCGCUAGGUCUUACCUGUUCCGUGGAUACCGUGAGGGAAAGACUGCACAAAGCUGGAAUUCACAAUUGGAGCCCCUCGCGGAAAUACAUGCAAAGGAUUCCAUUGGGUGAUGCGGACGGGGCGGCGAUUCAGCAAGCUGUAUGGCGACCGACUGGCACUCAGUUAGGUAAGAAGAAAACUUCCAAGGAUUCAAGCAAGUCCGAGAAGAGCAGCACCACGGUUAAAAAGAAAAACUCGACAUCGAAGAAAGUCAGAUCUCGAGAGACAUAUGUCGACGAUGGUGCGCCGUCGGAAAGCUUGAAACAGAAUCACAAUACCGAACAGCAACAACAACAGCAGCAGCAGCAGCAACAACAACAACAACAACAAGAAUUCGUAUUUUCCCAGCAAAAUCUUCCUCCACUGCCUUCCGCUCCUCAAGUUACCGAGAUGCAAGCUUCGCAACCUGUACCCACAAGCCAAACAGAAUUCAGCAAUGCAUUAAGUCUCGUGCAACAACCGCAGCCCAUCUAUCAACAUCCAGGAUUGAGCAUGGUGCAAAAUUGGCCGUUAGAUUUAGUGCAAGGCAGUCAUCAUUAUCCACAGGGCCAACCAAAUCCCAUGCCUCACGAGCAUCCCCCGCCGCAGGCGCAGCUGCAAGAACUGCACACGCAGCAAGAGCAGCAACAUCAUGCGCAACAAGCCCAGCAACAUGUGCAGGCGCAAGUACAGACACGAUUGCAGGAGCAGCAGAAUGUUCAGUCUCAUCAUCACAAUCUCGAUCAGCAGCGACUACCGGUGGAACAUCAGAUUCAGCAGCAACAUCAACGCUUGCAGUCCGGGAUACCUAGUCCCGAGCAGACGAACGUGAACGUAGGAUCGGAAAGUUCGAAUUCUUGUAGUUCUAACGAGAACAGUCAGUCAUCCUGCGAACCCUUGCAAGAGAACAGAGAAUCGUCGCGGAAAGGCAGCGAGAAAUCGGAGACGGAACGACAGAAAAGAAAGAAGAAGGGCGGAAAAGCGAAGGGAACGUUGGAGACCAGUGUGGAGAUCAGGAAUCGCAUGAUUGGAAUGUCCGAAGCUGGAUUGUCCACCCUGUCUAUCGCGCUGGCGAUUGAUAGAUCGGAACGUACUGUUAAAAGAUGGUUAGAACGUUGGCAUAAGGAAGGCAAUGUGCAAACGAAGGAACGAAAGGGCCGACGUCGAAUCACUACCAAGGAGCAGGACGAAGCCAUCGUCGCGAUGGCUACUCAGCAUCCUCUCACCGCCGCUAAAUACGUAGCACCUGCACUAGGUCUUAAGUGCAGCGUAGAUACGAUUAGAGAGCGGCUUCACAAGGCUGGGAUACACAGCUGGAAGUUAGGCAAAAAGCAAGGCGAAGGCAAUGCAGUGCACACAGUUCACUUGUGGCAACCGAGUGGCAAUCGUCCUAACAAACCGAAAAUACCGGGAGAAAAGAAAAAGAAGAGUGGCAAUAAGAAACGCGAUCAGACAAUGAAUAACAGUCAGAAGCGCGUUGUGCGGAAAAAGAAGAGCAACGAACCGCUAUCACAAAAAGCGACCCCGCCUCCGACAAACAUAAUACCAGAACAGUCCACUUUAUCGUUCCAUAAUUCCGGAAACAUGUCAAAUUAUGUUUCGGGUCCUAACAUAAUGCAAUCGGUACAUAAUAUCGCUGCGCCACCUCCCGCGCUGCCGCAACCGCAACCACCUCCGCCACCACAACCAAUGCAGCCAAUGGGGCCGAUAAUGCAACAGAGGCCGGAUUGUAGAUUGGCACCGAUAGUUCCACCCGUAUCGGGUCCGGGUAAUUCCGGCAUCGCCUAUCCUUCAUGCAUGGUCGGCAGCAGCAGUCACACGAGUCAUAUGGAGCAAACAGACCCUCUAAAUUACGAGCCGUACAUUUGGAGUUUUUAAAUACAUCAUUAGAAGCAUUUAAACCGGAUGUAUGACUAAAAAAUUUAACUUAAUUUAAGCGUUUGAACAAACUUCAUUUAUUAGGCUUUCACAAAAUCACGUUUAUAUAAAAAGGAUUAAGUAAUUGAAAAUGUUUGAAAGUCGACGAAUUCGCAAAGAUUCUCUUAAUAUAAUUAAGUAUUGCAACAUCAUGACUCUUAGGUAUGAUUUACUUUUAUACAUAAAUUGCAAUAUUAGAAGAUAUGUUUGUAUAUGUACGUGCGUGUGCAAGAAAGAAAUUUGAUAUAAUUUUAUUGUUAUGUCUCUAAGAAAAGUUAUAUAUUAAUUUAAAAAAAAGAGAGAGAAACAUACUCUUUUAGUAAUAUAAGUGUUUAGACCAAUUUAAGUCGACUAUAGUGUGUAAAUAUAGAAUCGUAUAGAAUAGCAAAGACAUAUGUCAUGUUUAUUUUGCUAUAUAUUGUCUCUUCAAAUAAGUCGUAUA